ACUGAAGACAUUCAAAAAGAAAUUUUUUUAAAGUUUAUCGGCGGAUCACGCUAUUCUUCCAUUUUGAGUCAUCAAUCCAAGGUCGGAUGGUGGAACUGGUUUGCCAAUUAAUUUAGAGGGUUUCGUCUACAAUUGUGAGUCAAAAUGACGGAGGUCCAACCUCGCGAGAUAAAGAUUUUGGAAACAGCGGAGGAUAUUCAUCAGAGGCGAACUGAAGUCCUGUCAAGAUAUGUCGACUUCAAAGGCACGUGCAAGCAGCGGCGUGACAUGCUGGAAGAUUCCCGUCGCUUCCAAUAUUUCAAACGUGAUGCCGAUGAACUUGAAAGCUGGAUUCUCGAAAAACUGCAAACAGCAUCUGAUGAAAGCUACAGGGAUCCAAUUAAUCUCCAGGCUAAAAUCCAGAAACACCAAGCAUUUGAAGCUGAGGUUGCAGCUCAUGCUAAUGCCAUUGAUGUGCUUGAUCAGACCGGAAAUGAAAUGAUUGGAGAAGAACACUUUGCCUCCACCAUCAUUAAGGAGCGUCUUGAUGAACUUCAUCGUUUGUGGGAACUUUUGCUAUCAAAGUUGGCCGAGAAGGGCGUGAAACUGCAACAAGCUUUACGACUGGUCCAGUUUCAGAGAGAAUGUAAUGAAGUAAUGUUCUGGAUUAAUGACAAGGAAGCAUUUGUCACUUCUGAGGAGUUUGGCCAAGACUUGGAACAUGUGGAAGUCUUGCAGAAAAAAUUUGACGAGUUCCAUAAGGAUCUGCAGAACCACGAGGACAAGGUAUCAGAGGUGAACACACUGGCUGACCAGCUGGUUGCAGAUGGACACCCUGAUGAAGAGACCAUCAGACACCGACAGAAUGAAGUCAAUGAAGCCUGGCAAAGACUAAAACAAUUGUCACUGCUCAGACAAGAGCGCUUGUUUGGAGCCCAUGAAAUCCAGCGUUUUAACAGAGAUGCAGAUGAGACUAUUGCUUGGAUUCAAGAAAAAGAUGCCGUUCUAUCAACAGAUGAUUAUGGCCGGGACCUUGCCAGUGUUCAAGCUCUGCAGCGUAAACACGAAGGUGUUGAAAGAGAUCUCGCAGCCCUCGAGGAGAAGGUGACUGCUCUAGGGACAGAAUCCAAACGUCUAAUGGAGAUACACAGUGAUCAAGCUGCUCAGAUUGAUGGAAAACAGAAUGAAAUUGAAGAGAACUGGGAACAUCUUAAGGCGAAGGGUGCUGAGCGCAAAUCUCGAUUAGAUGACUCUUACUACCUACAUCGAUUCCUUGCCGAUUUUCGUGACCUCGUGUCCUGGAUUAAGGACAUGACGGCAAUAAUUUCUGCCGAUGAACUGGCAAAAGAUGUGGCUGGAGCCGAAGCUUUGCUGGAGCGACACCAAGAACACAAAGGAGAAAUUGAUGCCAGAGAAGAUAGCUUUACGUCAACCGCUGAGGCCGGCAGCAAACUGCUGGACUCCAACCAUUACGCCUCUGAUGAAGUCCGUGAAAAGUUGUCCAUCUUGGAGCAUGAGAAGACAUUUCUGCUGGAUCUUUGGGAAGAGCGCAGAAUCCUAUACGAGCAGUGCAUGGAUCUUCAGCUGUUUAUUCGUGACACCGAGCAAGCUGAUGCAUGGAUGACCAAACAGGAGGCUUUCCUGGCAAAUGAGGAUCUGGGUGACUCGCUGGACAGUGUUGAAGCUCUACUGAAGAAGCAUGACGAUUUCGAAAAGUCACUGGCUGCUCAAGAAGAGAAAAUUAAGGCCUUGGAUGAGUUUGCCACCAAGCUGAUCGAGAGUGAGCACUACGCGUCCGACGACGUGGCUCAGCGGAUCAACCUGCUGCUACAGAGACGAAACCUGCUGCACGAGCGCUCCGCUAGCCGCAGACAGCUGCUCGAGGAAUCGUAUCAGUACCAGGUUUUCGAGCGGGAUUGUGACGAGACGAAAGGAUGGAUCAAUGAGAAGCUGAAAACUGCAUCGGAUGAAAAUUACUUGGAUCCAACCAACUUGCAAACCAAACUUCAGAAGCACAUGAAUUUCGAGGCAGAGCUAGACGCCAACAAGAACCGGAUUGAUUCUAUCAAACAGACUGGGGAGGACCUGAUCAACAACGAGCAUUUCGCAUCAGAAACUAUCAGAGAACGACUGGAUGAAAUUGACAAGUUAUGGGAGCAGCUGCAAUCUCAGACUGCAUUCAAAGGCAACAAAUUGAAACAGGCAAGUCAACAGCAACAGUUUAACCGCAACAUUGAUGACAUUGAUUCUUGGUUGAAUGACAUUGAAGGUCAGAUCACCUCAGAAGACUAUGGCAAACUGACCCAGCGACAAGAUCUGACCCAGGUCCAGAAUCUGCAGAAGAAACAUGCAUUGAUGGAAGCAGAUGUUACAGCUCAUCAGGAUCGUAUAGAAGGAAUCUCUGUACAAGCUCAGACCUUUCUUGAAUCGGGACAUUUUGAUGCUGACAACAUUAAGACCAAACAGGCAGUUGUUAUUGAGAGAUACCAGAAGCUUAUGGCUCCGAUGGUGACUCGUAAGCAGAAGUUGUCGGAGGCGAUCCAGCUGCAGCAGUUUCUGCGAGAUGUUGAGGAUGAGGAGGACUGGAUCAGAGAGAAGGAGCCCAUCGCCUCGUCUACUAACAGAGGCCGUGAUCUGAUUGGUGUCCAGAACCUGAUGAAGAAGCACCAGGCCCUGCAGGCUGAGCUGGCCGGUCACGAGAUGCGCAUCAGCAACGUCAGUCAGGACGGAUCGCAGAUGAUCAAAGACGGACACUUCGCCAAAGAUCAGAUACAGCAAAAGAUUCUUGACCUUCAAGAAAAAUGGCAACAACUUAAGGACAAAGCCUUCCAGCGUAAGCAGGAUCUGGAAGAUUCUCUCCAGGCCCAACAGUAUUUUGCUGAUGCAAAUGAAGCGGAGUCAUGGAUGAGGGAGAAGGAACCUCUGGCGGCAAACACAGAUUAUGGAAAGGAUGAAGACUCUGCUGAGGCUUUAUUGAAAAAACAUGAGGCAUUUAUGUCUGACCUGGAAGCAUACCGCAGUGUUAUUGAGGGGCUCCGAGAACAGGCUUUGUCAUGCAAGCAACAAGAAGCUCCUGUCAUUGAUGAUAUUGGCACUGAGAAAGUGAUGGCUCUGUAUGAUUACACCGAGAAGUCGCCACGCGAGGUGUCCAUGAAGAAAGGCGAUGUCCUCACAUUGCUCAACAGCUCAAAUAAGGACUGGUGGAAGGUUGAAGUUAGUGACCGUCAGGGGUUUGUACCUGCUGCUUACGUGAAGAAACUUGAUCCAAGCUUGUCGGCUAGUCGCAACAAUUUGAUGGACGAGUUCACAAUUUCAGUUCGACAGAAUCAAAUAGAAACACAAUACGCCAACCUGCUGGACCUGGGCAACCAGCGUCGUGAGAAGCUGCAGGAGUCGAGCAAGGCGUACCAGCUGGUUCGCGAGGCUGCCGAGCUGGCGUCGUGGAUCACGGAGAAGGAGAACCUGAUGGUGAGCGAACAGGUCGGGGACGACCUUGAACAGGUGGAGGAGAUGCAGAAGAAGUUCGACGACUUCCAGAAGGACCUGAAGGCAAAUGAAGCCAGACUUCACGAACUGAACUCUAUUGCUGAUAGACUUACUGCCAUGGGUCAGACUGAAGCAGCAGAGAAAAUUCGGGAACAAAUUAUUCAACUGAACCAGCGGUGGGUGACACUGCAGCAGGUUUCAGCUGAGAGGGCACAGACACUGGCCAGUUCUUUUGAAGUGCAGCGAUACCACAGAGAGGUGGAUGAGACUAAGGACUGGAUCCAUGAGAAGGACACUGCUCUUAACAAUGACAACUACGGCCAUGACCUCGCCAGCACGCAGGCUCUGCAGCGCAAACACGAGGGACUUGAGAGAGAUCUGGCUGCACUCGGAGAAAAGGUGCGUGGUCUUGAUGAACUUUCUAAACGUCUCAUGAUGACCCAUCCCGAGCAGUCUGAGAACAUCCAUGAACAUCAGACAGAAAUUAAUGAGAUGUGGAAUGAACUAACAUCAAAGGCCGAGGCUCGCAAAGCUAAGCUGUUGGACUCGUAUGAUCUGCAACGAUUUCUCAGUGACUAUCGAGACUUGACCUCCUGGAUCAACAGCAUGAUGGCACUAGUGUCGUCUGAUGAACUAGCCAAGGACGUUACAGGUGCUGAAGCCCUGCUGGAGCGACAUCAGGAACACCGUACAGAAAUUGAUGCUCGAGCUGGCACAUUCCAAGCAUUUGAGUUGCUGGGUCAGCAGUUGUUGCAGAAUAGUCACUACGCAAGUGAUGAUGUUCAACAGAAACUGGAGGAACUGGCCAAGGCUAGAGAGGAGCUUGAACAAGCGUGGAUCAGUCGGCGUAUGAAGCUGGACCAGUGUCUGGAGCUGCAGCUCUUCAACCGAGACUGCGAGCAGGCUGAGUCGUGGAUGGCGUCGCGGGAAGCCUUCCUCGCUGGUGACAAAGUGGACGGAGACAACGUAGAGACCCUCAUCAAGAAGCACGAGGAUUUCGACAGGGCCAUCAAUUCUCAGGAAGAGAAAAUUAAUGCCUUACAGCAGUUUGCCGACCAGCUGAUUGCUGCAGACCACUAUGAUGGACCAGCUGUGGCUGACAAAAGGGACCAAGUCUUAGACAGAUGGACCAAACUGAAAGAUGCGUUGAUUGAGAAUCGCUCUAAGCUGGGAGAGGCGCAGACCCUGCAACAGUUCUCUCGCGACGCCGACGAGAUGGAGAACUGGCUGCAGGAGAAGUUACAGAUCGCGUGCGAUGAAUCCUACAAGGACCCAACCAACAUCCAGAGCAAACAUCAGAAACACCAAGCUUUUGAAGCUGAGCUUGCUGCAAAUGCUGAUAGACUGCAAUCGUUGAUUGCCACAGGACAGAAUCUGAUUGACCACCGACAGUGUGCCGGCUCGGAGGACGCGGUCCAGGCUCGUCUCGAGAGUCUGGCCUCUCAGUGGGAGGAUCUCGUUGGCAAGUCCACCGAGAAGAGUGAAAAGUUGAAGGAGGCCAAUCGACAGCAGACGUACAACGCUGGAGUGAAGGACAUCGAGUUCUGGCUUGGAGAGGUUGAACAGAUGCUGGCCUCAGAAGAUCAUGGAAAGGAUCUAGCAUCAGUGCAAAACCUUUUGAAGAAACACCAGCUGCUGGAGGCUGACAUAGGGGCACAUGAGGACCGCAUCACGGACUUGAACAACCAGGCAGAUCAGUUUGUGGAAGCUGGAGUAUUAGAUGCUGACAGAAUUCAGGACCACAAGAAAACCAUCAAUGAACGAUACGAACGGAUCAAGGAAUGUGCAAUUCACCGCCGGAACCUUUUGAAUGAGGCCAACAUCAUGCACCAGUUCCUUCGUGAUAUUGAUGAUGAAGAGGCUUGGAUCAAAGAGAAGAAACUGCUUGUUGGAUCUGACGACUAUGGUAAAGAUCUGACUGGUGUUCAGAAUCUUCGCAAGAAGCACAAGAGACUGGAAGCUGAACUGGCUAGUCACGAGCCAGCUAUCCAGAGUGUCCAGGAGCAAGGAGAAAAGCUUAUGCAGGAGUCUGACAUCGGAGCGAGCAACAUCCGUGCGCGUCUGGACCAGCUGGCUCAGAGCUGGGAGGAGCUGAAACAGAUGGCGGCCAACAGGGGACUGAAGCUGGAGCAGUCGUAUGCAUACCAGCAGUUCAGCGCCAACGUGGAGGAGGAGGAGGCGUGGAUCACGGAGAAACAGCACCUGCUGUCCGGGGAGGACCUCGGAGACACGAUGGCUGCUGUGCAGGGUCUGUUGAAGAAACACGAAGCCUUUGAGACUGACUUGUUUGUUCAUCAUGAUCGAUGUGGUGAAAUCAGAAAAGAAGGUGAAAGACUGAUUGAUGAGGGAAACCACAAUGCUGACAACAUUGCCCAGAGGAUCCAAGUCCUGCAGGAAAAGCUGUCUGCUCUUGACAGUUCAGCAGCUAGACGUAAAAACAACCUGAUCGAUAAUUCAGCUUUUCUGCAGUUCAUUUGGAAAACCGACGUAGUUGAAAGCUGGAUUGCUGACAAGGAGACCCAGGUGCACUCGGAAGACUAUGGUCGCGAUCUGUCGUCGGUUCAAACCCUUCUUACCAAACAGGAGACUUUCGAUGCAGGCCUCCAUGCCUUCGACAAAGAAGGGAUUCAGACCAUCACAGCACUCAAGGAUCAGCUGAUUGCGUCGAAACACGCACAGACUCCAACCAUCGAGAAGAGAUACAAUGAUGUUAUUGCCAGGUGGCGCAAGCUUCUGGCCGACUCUGAAGCCCGUAAGCAACGUCUUCUUCAUCUACAAGACCAGUACCGCCAGAUCGAGGACCUGUACCUCACUUUCGCAAAGAAGGCUUCUGCCUUCAACAGCUGGUUCGAAAACGCGGAAGAAGAUUUGAGUGAUCCUGUACGGUGCAACUCGGUUGAGGAAAUAAAGGCACUGCGAGAAGCUCACGAGCAGUUCAAAGCAUCGUUGAGUGCGGCACAAGGAGAUUUCAAUGCCUUGGCUGCACUGGACAAACAGAUCAAGAGUUUCAAUGUCGGGGCCAAUCCGUACACUUGGUUUACCAUGGAGGCCCUGGAAGAAACGUGGAAGAAUUUACAGAAAAUCCUGAAGGAGCGUGAUGGUGAUCUGGAGGAGGAAGAACAGCGACAAGAGGAGAAUGACCAACUGAGGAAGCAGUUCGCCAAGGCAGCCAAUGCUUUCCACACCUGGCUCACUGAAACCAGGGCUGCCAUGAUGGAAGGUUCUGGAACCCUUGAGGAACAGCUGGAGGCUACAAAGCGGAAGUCUGCAGAAGUUCGAUCACAAAAGGGUCACCUGAAGAAGAUUGAAGAUCUGGGUGCCGCAAUGGAGAAACGACUAAUAUUGGAUAACAGGUACACGGAGCACAGUACGGUUGGACUUGCCCAGCAGUGGGAUCAGCUGGACCAGUUGUGUAUGCGGAUGCAGCAUAACCUGGAGCAGCAGAUAGAGGCGAGGAACCGCAGCGGUGUGUCGGAGGAUGCCCUCCGCGAGUUCAGCAUGAUGUUCAAACAUUUUGACAAGGACAAGAGUGGCAAACUGGACCAUCAGGAGUUCAAGUCUUGUCUGCGUGCUCUCGGUUAUGACCUGCCCAUGGUGGAGGAAGGUCAGACCGAUCCAGAAUUCCAGGCCAUACUGGAUGUAGUAGAUCCUAACCGGGACGGCCACGUAUCGCUGCAGGAGUACAUGGCGUUUAUGAUCAGUCGUGAGACAGAGAACGUCCAGUCGAGCUCGGAGGUUGAACAGGCUUUCCGAGCUCUGACGUCGGGCGAGAAGCCAUACAUAACAACACAAGAACUAUAUGCAAAUCUUACGAAAGAUCAAGCCGAAUACUGCAUUAGUCAUAUGAAGCCAUAUGUAGACAAGACCGGCCGAACACUACCAGAUGCCUACGACUUUACAGAAUUUACACGACAGCUUUUCGUUAACUAGUGGGACAUUUCACUGCCAAGAUCUGUGUCUAUAUCCAACAUUAAUAUUAUUAAUUAUACACGAGUAGUUUUAGAAUUGAUUGGUUAGUGCUUUGAGCUGGAGGUAUGAAGGGAAAAGAGAAUUUUGUGACAUUCGGGCUUAUCUGGAGGAGGCAUUUCAGUUGCGACGGUUGUGACUUUUAGUUUACAUUUUUAAUGGCAUUGUGUGCUUUCGCCUUUGUGAUGUUCAAAAGUGAAUAAUUGCUUUUACAAAUUCGCUAUUGUAAUUGUAACAGGUGCUUUCUUUGAAGAAGACAAUUUCUUUUAGUGCAUCAGAAAAAGCUAAAGCUUAAACUUUACUUUGGAAUUCUAUUUGUUCUUAGUAUGAACAUGGAGUAAAAUUAGGUAAAAUUCAAGUUUUUUGGAUGUAGUAGUGUUAACAGACAUAAGCGUACGAGACGGGGACAGGGGGAGCAACUGCCCCUCCCAGUCCUGGAGAAAAUCCUCAAAUUCGGGCAAAAACAAUAGAGAAAUUCGGGCAAAAUUAGCUGGCCUAAACACUUUUCACCAUGUAUUUUCAUUGUUCUACCUAAAAUAUUAAGUUGUAACCCAUGUAAAAAUGGGUUGCAAUUCAUUUGCAACCCUAUAUAGCUGUUUGGCAAGUAAUGCUAAUAUGAAUAAAAGUUGUAAUCCAGAUUCGUGCACUUUUGUUUAAUUCAGGCAAAAAUCAGCCUGCCCCCCUUCCCUUCGAAAAUGGUAGCCCAUAUACCUAUGUUAAUAGAUGAGAAUGACUGACAUCAAAAGUCUGUGUUUGCUGUUUAAAGCCUGCAGUAGGUUCAGUUACGCAUCUUGAAUGUCUGUCUUGCAAUGUUGCUGAUUAUUGUGUCGGUAGUGUUUUAUUAUUGAAUUCUUAUUGCCCUCACCAGUACUUCUUCAUGAAUAGUUGGCAUUCCAGCUUCCUUUUAGAUGUUCCUAUCCAUCUAACCAUCAAUAAAUAUCUUGAUAUACA